AUGGUAAAAAUGUUAUAUUUUAAAAAUAUUAUUUUAUUUUUUACUUUAUCUUUUAUUCAUAUUAUUUUAUCUCAAAAUUUAAAAAAUUUUAACCAAACAAUUUAUCAUGAUUUAAUAGAAGAAAAAGGUUUGCCAAUUGCCAUAAAUAAUGAAAAAGUUUUAAAAAGUACUUUUGAAGAUGACUCUAAACUUGAUGCUUUUGUAAGACAAAAAAGACAAUUAUCAGUGCGUAAUCAACAACUUCUAAGAAGAUUAAGAAAAGCAAAUCAACAAAGAAGAAUAAGACAACAAAAAGAACAAAAACAAAGAUUAGAACGUUCAAAAAAACAAAAAAAUUAUUUACAAGAACAACAAAAAGCAGCACAAACAAGAAGAAUGAAUGCAAUUAAAAAAGAAAAAGAACGUUUAGAAAAGUUUAGACUUGAACGUGAGCAAAGACUGUCUUCAAUCAUGGCUGCAAGGACUACAAAUAAACCUGCUACAACAACUCCUAGUAGUCCAAGCGGUCCUGGCAGCCCAAGCGGUCCUGGAACUCCAAGUGGUCCAGGAACUCCAAGCGGUCCUGGAACUCCAAGUGGUCCAGGAACUCCAAGCGGUCCUGGAACUCCAAGUGGUCCAGGAACUCCAAGCGGUCCAGGAACUCCAAGUGGUCCAGGAACUCCAAGUGGUCCAGGAACUCCAAGCGGUCCAGGAACUCCAAGCGGUCCAGGAACUCCAAGCGGUCCAGGAACUCCAAGUGGUCCAGGAACUCCAAGUGGUCCAGGAACUCCAAGUGGUCCAGGAACUCCAAGUGGUCCAGGAACUCCAGGCAGUCCAGGAACUCCAGGCAGUCCUGGAAAUACUGGUUAA